AUGUCUUCCAGCUCGCAAUUUCACCCACCUCCUACGAUACCACCUCGGACUAGCUCCAACCACGAGCGCUCUGACCGCGACAAGCUUCAAACAAAUACCGAUAUGUCUCGUCGUCAUACGCGGAAUCAGUCGAGCCUCGAUGGCACAAAAUAUAAGGAUGGUAAAUGGUCGCAGGAGAACGAGGAGAUCAUCAUGGGUCCAUAUGACUAUAUGCUUCAACAUCCUGGAAAGGACCUUCGACGGCAGAUGAUUAACGCGUUCAACGCAUGGUUAAAAGUUCCGUCCGAAAGUCUUGCCGUCAUCACUAAGGUGGUAGCUAUGCUACACACAGCUUCACUGUUGAUCGACGAUGUCGAAGAUAACUCCGUUCUCCGUCGCGGAACCCCAGUCGCACAUAGCAUCUAUGGCACUGCGCAAACGAUCAACUCGGCAAACUACGUGUACUUUCUCGCCCUCCAAGAGGUACAAAAAUUAAACAGUCCAGCCGCUAUCGAUAUAUAUGCCCAGGAGUUGUUAAACCUACACCGGGGUCAAGGCAUGGAUCUGUUCUGGCGGGACACGCUCACCUGCCCAAGCGAGGACGAGUAUCUAGAGAUGGUGGGGAACAAGACUGGAGGUUUGUUCCGGCUUGCCGUCAAGUUGAUGCAGGCAGAGAGUAGCACGGAGAAGGACUGUGUAGCCCUUGUCAAUGUCCUGGGCCUAGUCUUCCAAAUAUGUGACGAUUAUCUCAAUCUAUCUAACACGACUUAUACCCAAAACAAGGGUCUCUGCGAAGACCUCACAGAAGGGAAAUUCUCCUUCCCCAUUAUUCACAGCAUUCGCUCCAACCCGGGUAACCACCAGCUCAUCAAUAUCCUCCGUCAAAAAACCAAGGACGACGAGGUCAAGCGAUAUGCUCUCCAGUAUAUGGAAGGCACGGGUAGCUUUAAGCACACUCAGAACGUCGUCCGAGAACUACGCGGAAGGGCGUUGCAACUCAUUGACGAAAUCGAAACCAGUGGGAGCGGCAAGCGGCCAGAGGGGCAAGGCGACGGGACAAUGGUCCGCACGAUUCUCAAUAAAAUCACAGAGACGACCUUGAAAGAUACCAACGGUUCGACCAAGUGA